GCUCGGAUAUGAUGUAGCAACUGUUGUGGCGUAACUGAAGUUACAACCGUUCAGCACGGCGUCAAUCACACUUUACAGGUAUUAAACUUGUAACAGUUUGACUUGCUUGAUAAAAUGGCGUAUCCAGGAUACGGCGGGCCUCAGUAUGGGGGUCCUAUGCCAGGAAUGCCAGGUCAGGGGAUGCCGCCCAUGGGAGGCCCGAUGGGAGGCCCAAUGGGAGGCCCGAUGGGAGGUCCAAUGCCUGGGCAAAUGGGUGGGCCGAUGGGAGGCGCACCACCCCAGGGAGGAUAUGCCCCCUAUGGAGGAGGCUAUCCAGGCACAUUUGGCGCCGCACCCCCAGCUGCCAAUGAUCCAAUGUGGGGUUACUUCACAGCCAUUGCAGGCCAGGACGGUGAGGUCGAUGCGGAGGAGCUUCAGAGGUGUCUGACCCAGUCUGGUUUCUCUGGCAGCUACACACCAUUCAGCCUGGAGACGUGCAGGGUCAUGAUUGCAAUGCUGGAUAGGGACUUUACAGGCAAGAUGGGCUUCAAUGAGUUCAAGGAGCUGUUCACAGCUCUGAAUGGCUGGAAGCAGAACUUCAUGAUGUUCGACCAGGACAGGAGUGGGACCGUCGAACCUCACGAGAUGAGUCAGGCAGUCAACUCUAUGGGUGAGAGUCUCAACAGUUUAACAUGA